UCCUAAUUGCAGCGCGCCCCGCCACUCCCCCGCGCACGCACCGAAAACCCUAACUUUUCCGCCGCCCAUUAUAUUCCGUUAGGAGUCGCCGCCGACGCUGCAACCCUCUCGUAUCGUCUCUCUCUUUUCUUGGGUCAGGGUUCCCGCCUCGAUCCGAAGAAAUGGCGGUUCCGUUGCUUGCGAAGAAGAUCGUUAAAAAGCGUGUCAAGAAGUUUAAGAGGGCCCAGAGUGACCGCAAGAUUUCCGUCAAGCCAAGCUGGCGUAGGCCCAAGGGUAUUGAUUCUCGUGUGAGAAGGAAGUUCAAGGGAUGCACUUUGAUGCCCAAUAUUGGUUAUGGAUCUGACAAGAUGACCCGGCAUUAUCUGCCCAACCGUUUCAAGAAGUUUGUGGUUCACAAUGUCUCUGAGUUAGAGUUGCUUAUGAUGCACAACAGGACUUACUGUGCUGAAAUUGCACACGAUGUCUCUACAAGAAAGCGCAAGGAGAUUGUAGAGCGAGCUGCACAACUUGACAUUGCUGUUACGAACAAGCUUGCGAGGCUCCGCAGCCAGGAGGAUGAGUGACCUAGUUCUGGAAAUUUCAACUUUUAUAGUAAUGGACUAUUUUGGUUUUGGUUUUCUUUCUGUAGGGUGCUAUCCUCUAGGCAACAGAUCGUUUUGAGGUUUACUUGUUUUAAAUGACUGAACAUCAUUUCCCACCAGUGCCUGAUUGUUGCUCUCACUUUUAUGUUUAUGCACUCUUCUGUAACUGUUGUUGAUUGUUGAUCAUUAGGUUGGAAGCUAUUUGACGUUCUGCUCAUGAUCAUUCAGG